AUGGAAGACCUGAUUGACACGGACAAUGCAUACACAGAGCAAAUUAAAUCUCUCACCUCCCAGCUACAACAAUGCGAGACAAAGAUUAUGGACCUCGAGGACAGGUCCAGGAGCAGCAACAUCAGGUUGAGGGGCAUACCGGAGACGGUCCUCCAGGCAGAUCUCCUCAGCUACAUACACUGCUUCUUCAGAACCCUGGUCCCCAAGGUCCACACAGAUAUGCUGCUACUGGACCAUCUGCAUAGGGUCCCGAAGCCCCAGCAGAUUGUGGCCUCAUUACCUCGAGAUGUAUUGCUGAAAGCCCACUAUUUCCACGUGAAGGACCUGCUAAUGAAGAGAAGCAGAACAGCUAAAGACCUACCUGCCGAAUACUCCAGCAUCAAGUUGUUCUCCGACCUCUCCGCGGCCACCCUACGACAACGAAAAGCCUUCCAAAGGGUGACAGAGACCCUCUGCGCCAACCAUGUCCUAUACCGUUGGGGCUUCCCUAUCCGCCUCAUUGCCUCCAGAAACAGGACCACCAAAGUCAUCCACACAGUAGAAGAAGGCCUGAACCUACUGCGCCAAUGGAACAUGCCCACGGUGGGGGAUACUCAAACUUCCAAACCACCGCGCCAAGUGGAUAAGGAUUGGCAUACUACUCACUGA